AUGGCUUUCACACAGAGCUCCAGGUUUUUUCCCAAUGUUGUGUCCACAGAACAGUUCCAGGUUAUUAACCUUUAUUGCCCCAUUGUGGCAGUGUUGGGCAAGAAUGCCAUACUGCCUCGCGCCCUGGUCCCUGGCAUCAAUGCAGAGAAAAUGGAACUGAGGUGGUUCCACACCACACUCUCACAGGCAGUGUUCAUCUACUGGAACCAACGGGAACAGACUGAGGAGCAGAUGGCUGAUUAUAGAGGGUGGACCUCACUGGUGAGCAAGUUCCUCACCCAGGGGCAGGCUGCUGUGCACAUCCACAAGGUCCAGGUUUCUGACAAUGGAACAUACACCUGCUUCUUCAGACAUGGAGGCUUCUCUGAAAAGGCUGAUUUGGAACUAAAGGUGGCAGGGAAGGGGUCUGACCCCCAAGUGCACAUAGAAGGGCCAGAAGAGGAUGGAGUGUGUGUGGUGUGCAAAGCCUCAGGAUGGUUCCCAAAGCCCCAGGUGCAGUGGAGAGACCUCAGUGGAAACAAGUUCCCAGCGCUUUCUGAGGCCCACACCCAAGACAGUGAGGAGCUGUUUAGUGUGGAGGCCACUCUGGUGGUGAGAGACAGUUCUGUGGGGAAUGUGACCUGCUCUGUCCUCAACCCUGUCCUGGGCCAGGAGAAGGCCAUGGCUAUUUACAUCCCAGAGCCCUUCUUCCCUCAGGCUUCUCCCUGGAAGCCAGCAUUUGCUGUGAUCCUGACCAUGCUGGGGCUUCUACUCUUGGGGGCUAGCUAUUUAAUCAGAAUAGAACAUUCCAGAAGAAUGCAGAUGAGGCAGGAAAAGGAGCAUCUGUGGCAGCUUAAGGAGGAGGAACAGCAGGCAAAGGAAGAGGUGCUGAAGGCCAUUGAUCAUAGAAAAGCUGCCUAUCUGUCUGCCUGGCGGAAGGCCCCCCUGUAUGCAGAUUGGCGGAAGGAACAAUUCCAAGCCUCUUCCUUCUCUGGAAAUCUCUUUCCAUACUUCAUGUUUAUGUAUGGACAUGUGUCCAUGACCAUCUGCUCUAUGCCAACAUCUCCUUUAGAGUCUUAUGAGCGUGCUCUACAAUACCCCGACCUUGUGGAUUGUAGGGCAAACCAUGGACGAGCUGAAUACCCAUCUGGUUGCAAAAGGAAGAAAAUUGUCGUCCAGCAGGAUCUUUGCAGAAUGGGGGUUUUCCUGGACUACAGUGAAAGGGGUGUCUCCUACUAUAAUAUGAUUGAUGGUUCUCACAUUUUCUCUUUCCCUCCAGCUUCCUUCUCUGGAAAUCUCUUUCCAUACUUCAUGUUUAUGUAUGGACAUGUGUCCAUGACCAUCUGCUCUAUGCCAAGUGAGUCUGAGGGGUUCCCUCUACCCCUUCACAAUUCACCUCUUUUGGAGGAGGUCCUGAGCACCCCAACAGAGAGGAUCAGCUUGGGCUGUGGUGUUGAUGGUGUUCCCCCAGCGGCUGAAUGUCCAUUACUUCCCUGACAUUCCAAGGUUUUAUCUUCAUAGUGUCCCUUGCUGUCUAUGAUCCUUUACUGUGGCUGUUCCUUUGGCUACAGACUCCUUGUGGCAAAAUCCCCUGAGAUGAUGCUUAGGAGGCUCAGUGGGCUUUUCCUCCUGUUCUUUUUUAAGACUUCAGAUGUGUGAGAGUUCUGUUCAUGUCUUAUAUUCAUC